AUGCAGAUUCAUGCAGGUCAUGCAGGGCCUUCUACCCCAAGUCUUGACAAUGCCAAGGCGCCCAGCGAAGUGGAACUUUGGACAUUGGCUCUUGCUCUGCCUGUCCAGGCUCAUGGUCUUGCCCAGUCAGCACUCCACUGGGGAGACGAAAGCGAGAUAGGCAGCGACAGCGAUGACGAAAUGACGCAAGAAUGCUUGCGCGCAGCGGCAGAAGAGCCAAGGAAUGAUUGGUUGGUGGAGGCGUACACCUUGAUUGGCCGUGAAGAUUUGGCCUUGAUGGCACGACCCCCUCGUGAGGUGUCAGGGCAUGCGGCCGCAUCGAGGCGCAGAGCUCGAGAUCUCUUAGACGCCACAGAGGCUGUUGACAAGAACAGCGCCCAGGCUCAGCCAGAGAAAGCAGUUCAAGACACGGACAAUGUGAAAGGUGCGUCUUGGCACGGUGGACCCGUUGAGUUCUUCCGAGUGGUGCGGGGCCUUUUUCUCUUGGCGGGCGCAGGGCGGGGGAAUGGUCCUGCAAUGCAGCAUCAUUAG